AUGGGCAGAGUGGCCAGGAGUGUGGAGGCUCUCUCACACACGCCGGUUCGCCCAAAACCCUCCUCCGCAAAAAAGAAUCCUCUUCUUCUUCCUCCUCCGCGACCGCGUGCUCUGCGGCGGCCUGCCCCACCCACUGACCCAGUCGGGGCGGACACGACGAUGCUGCCCGGGAUAGCCCCGGAGACACCGGGGCUGAGCGACGGCGCCGGGGCGCUCGAACUCGUGUACGCCUCCUUCCCGGUGUCGCCUGUCUGCACAUUCCCCUCCCUUUGCUGCGCCGCCGCCGACGGAGACAAGACCGACCGCGUCAGCCGCCUCCCCGACGAUGUCCUCCGCCGCGUGGUCUCCCUCCUGCCCGCCAAGGACGGCGCGCGCACCACCGUGCUCUCCUCGCGCUGGCGCGGCCUCUGGCACUCUGCGCCACUCGUCCUCGUGGACACCCACUUGCUCCCCGGGGGCGCUGCGGGGGUUCGGCCGGCCCGCGCACGCGCCGGUGCCGUCUCGCGCUUUGUCUCCGCCGCCCUCGAAGCACAUCCUGGGCCCUUCCCCUUCGCCAGCUUCACGUGCAGUUUCUUGGACGGCGCCGACCGCCGCGUGCUCGCGCGCUGGUUCCAGCUCCUUGCCACCAAGGGCGUCAAGCAGCUCAUCUUCGCCAAUCGCCCUGCCCCGCUUCCCGGCCUGCGCCUCCCUUCCUCACUCUUCAGCUGCGCCUACCUCCGCCGGCUCUGGAUCUGUGCCUGGGUGUUCCCGGAGACCGCCACCCUCCCGCGCGGCGCCGGCUUCCCCAACCUCCGUGAGCUCGUCCUCGGCCGCACCGUCAUGGAGGACAAAGACCUCGAGUUCGUGCUCGGCGUGAGCCCCGUGCUGGAGAUCCUCGUGGUCGCCGGAAGCGAGACCCGAUUGCACGCUUGUCUCGCCAGCCCCAGCCUACGGUGCGCGCAGUUAUGCUUGUCCGCCCUGGACGAGGUCGCCGUGGUGGACGCCCCAAGCCUGGAGCGUCUCUUCCUCAUCAGUGGCAUGACCAAAAUGAGCACGACAGUCAAGAUUGGCCAUGCUCCUAAGCUGCGCUUGCUGGGAUACCUGGAACCAGGAAUGCACAUACUGCAGAUUGGCAACACCACCAUCAAGGCUGGAACAAAGGCGAGCGCAAGCACCACCGUCUCAAGCGUCCAGAUGUUGGCCUUGCAACUGCAUUUCGGAGUCCCCGGUGAAAUCAAGAUGCUUCCCAGCUUCCUCAGAUAUUGCUGCUGCAUAAUCAGCAGAAUUGGACCCGCCACCAAGCUCAGCGUCAAGUUCAGGCAGGGCACAAGUCCUAUUGAGUGUGUCCAGUCACAGCUCAAGACUUUGUUUUUCCGCGAGCUACAAGGGCAUCGUGGCGAGUUCCAUUUCCUCACGUUCAUCGCGGAGAAUGCGCAGAAGCUGGAGAGGAUGUACAUCUGGGUGAAAGAAGACCUGAGUUACCCCGCGAAGGUAUCUAUGGGUGCCAAACUGAGGGCUCUUGAGUCUGCUAAUUGGGCUAGCAGGGACUGCAAGAUGCUAUUCAGGACCAGUGAAUUUCCUGGAGGUGGUACCCCUUUCAACCUCGCAAUGGGAGUAGAUUUAUCAUUUGCCGACCCCUUCUUCUGCCACUGA